UGUAGCCUACCCUAAGCAGCGCCAGGCCACCAGAAGAAGUGGGAUGUCGAUUUAGCGCUGUUUUAGCUGUUUCGAGCUCCAUCGACUUUCGUUCCAACACAUCAGUCAGCUGCCGUACUUCACACUCGCCGCUCCGCUGCUCCCGCCUGCUCCUUCACUGCUCUGCCCUCUCUGCUUGCCUGCAUCUAACUCAACACCUCAUAGACUCCUGUUAGCAGCUCCGUGUGCCCCGCACUUCGUCCCCUCAACGUAACCUUCUCUCGCGCGCGCCGCCGUCCGUUAGCCACGAUCUCCAGCUGUUCAACGCCCCGUGGGAGCAGGCAAGCUGGGGAAGAGAAGGAUAUCGAGUGAGGACCUUGGUCGUCCAUUCAAGAAAGCCAUGACAGACUCCAUCAUGCAGGUCGACAGCCCCGCUGCUGCCGCCGAGCAGCUAAGAGCUGCCGAUGGAGAGAUCGAUGAGUCCCUCUACAGUAGACAGCUCUACGUGCUCGGACAUGAGGCUAUGAAGCGUAUGGGAUCCUCCAACAUCCUCAUCGCGGGGCUCCGAGGCCUCGGCGUCGAAAUCGCCAAGAACAUCGCACUGGCCGGCGUCAAGUCCCUAACCCUCUUCGAUCCGAAACCCGCCACUAUCGCCGACCUAUCCUCUCAGUUCUUCCUGCACCCAGAGGACGUGGGCAAGCCUCGAGCCCAAGUCACAGUCCCCCGAGUUUCCGAGCUGAAUCCAUACACCCCCGUUCGAGAGCAUACGGCGGCGGACCUUACAUCGGAUUUGAGUCUUCUGAAACAAUACCAGGUCGUGGUUCUCACGGAUACGCUUUUGCGAGACCAGAUCAAGAUUGCCGAUUAUUGUCACGACAAUGGCAUCUACGUUGUCAUUACGGAUAUAUUUGGGCUUUUUGGAACAAUCUUCACAGAUUUUGGCAAGAACUUCACCUGUGGAGACCCCACGGGCGAACAAGAGCUGAAUGGAAUUGUUGCCGACAUCGAUUCCGACGGGUUGGUGUCUGCGCUGGAUGAAACUAGACAUGGUCUUGAAGACGGCGAUCACGUCACUUUUACUGAAGUGCAAGGCAUGGAAGCUCUUAACGACUGUGCACCACGAAAGAUUGAAGUCAAAGGACCAUACACCUUCUCCAUCGGCGAUGUCUCAGGACUCGGAACAUACAAGCGUGGAGGAUUAUACAUCCAAAAGAAAAUGCCAAAAUUCAUCGACUUCGAGCCUCUGAGCAAGCAGCUGGCCAAACCCGAAUUACUUAUUUCGGAUUUCGCCAAGUUUGACCGACCUCAGCAACUUCAUAUCGGCAUUCAGGCCCUGCAUGCCUUCGCGGAAAAGCACAACGGAGAAUUUCCGAGGCCCCACAACGAAGCGGAUGCCUCAGAGGUCUUCAAGAUUGCGUCAGGCUUAGCCGGUGAAGGAGAAGACAAGGUUGAGUUGGACGAGAAACUUCUAAAAGAGCUCAGCUAUCAAGCCCGUGGCGACCUCACUCCUAUGGCCGCUUUCUUUGGCGGUCUUGCGGCGCAAGAGGUGCUUAAAUCCGUCUCCGGAAAGUUUCACCCCAUCGUGCAAUGGCUUUACUUCGACUCCCUCGAAUCUCUGCCUGAAUCUACCCCGCGCUCUGAGGAAAACUGCAAACCACUUGGAACUCGUUACGACGGCCAGAUUGCAGUCUUCGGUAAAGACUACCAGACCAAGUUGUCAAAUGUCAAGCAAUUCUUAGUUGGAGCCGGCGCGAUUGGUUGUGAGAUGCUAAAGAACUGGGCUAUGAUGGGGCUCGCCGCAGGCCCAGAAGGCAGGAUAUCCGUAACGGAUAAUGACAAUAUCGAAAAGAGCAAUCUGAACCGACAAUUCCUCUUCAGGCCUAAGGAUGUCGGCAAGCUGAAGAGCGACUGCGCAGCUGAAGCAGUACAGGCGAUGAACCCAGAUCUGAAAGGGAAAAUAGUGACUAUGCAGGAUAAAGUGGGACAAGAAACCGAGCACGUUUUCAACGAGGAUUUCUGGGAAGAGCUUGACGCGAUUACAAACGCAUUGGACAAUGUUGAAGCCCGCACCUAUGUUGAUCGACGAUGUGUCUUCUUCCGGAAGCCCCUGUUGGACAGCGGCACACUCGGGACCAAAGGCAACACCCAAGUUGUCCUACCCAAUAUCACGGAGUCGUAUUCAUCGUCACAGGAUCCUCCAGAGCAAUCGUUCCCGAUGUGUACGCUUCGAAGCUUCCCUAAUCGCAUCGAACAUACCAUCGCAUGGGCCAAGGACCUCUUCCACACAUUCUUCGUUCAGCCGGCGGAAGUGGUCAACCUAUACCUUACGCAACCCGGUUAUCUUCAGUCUUCUCUUAAACAAUCAGGGAACGAGAAGCAGACUCUAGAGACGCUUCGAGAUUUCUUGGUUGUUGACAAGCCACUGACCUUUGAUGACUGCAUCAUAUGGGCACGGAUGCAAUUUGAAAAGCAGUACAAUAAUGCCAUCCAACAGUUGCUUUACAACUUCCCCAAGGACUCCACCACGUCCUCUGGACAGCUGUUCUGGUCGGGACCGAAGCGAGCCCCUGACGCACUGAAGUUCGACCCCUCGAACCCUACGCAUUUCUUGUUCGUCGAAGCCGCCGCCAAUCUCCAUGCUUUCAAUUACAAUAUCAAAGCAAACAAUGUCAGCAAACAAACAUACCUGGAUGUUCUCGAUGACAUGAUUAUCCCAGACUUCAAGCCGGACCCCGGCGUCAGGAUUCAAGCUAGCGACAAUGAUCCGGAUCCAAAUGCCCAGCAGUCAUCAGCCUUGGAUGACGACAACCAAGAGUUGUCGAAGAUUGCCAACACAUUGCCCCCUCCAAAGUCGCUUGCUGGAUAUAAGCUCGAGCCAGUCGAGUUCGAGAAGGACGACGACACCAACCACCACAUCGACUUCAUAACAGCAGCUAGUAACCUGCGUGCCGAGAACUACAAGAUUGUGCAGGCUGAUCGACACAAGACCAAGUUCAUUGCCGGAAAGAUUAUUCCAGCAAUUGCAACCACCACUGCUCUUGUGACAGGUCUCGUCAACCUUGAGCUCUACAAGAUUGUCGAUGGGAAGACGGACAUUGAGCAAUACAAGAACGGGUUUAUAAACUUGGCUCUUCCGUUCUUCGGCUUCAGCGAGCCAAUUGCUAGCCCGAAGGGCACGUACACUGGGACCAACGGAGAGGUUCAAAUCGACAAGUUGUGGGAUCGCUUCGAGGUUGAGAAUGUCACGCUGAAGCAGUUCGUGGAUGACUUUAAGGCGAAGGGGCUCGAUGUCCAAAUGAUCAGCUCCGGUGUCAGCCUGCUGUACGCUUCCUUCUACCCGCCGGCCAAGUUAAAGGAUCGUCUAGUCCUCCCAUUGAGCGAGCUCGUCGAGACCAUUAGCAAGAAACCCAUCCCCUCUCACCAGAAGAACGUCAUUUUCGAAGUCACGGCAGAAGACACGACGGGCGAGGACGUAGAGAUCCCCUAUGUGAUGAUGAAGCUGCGGAAGUAGGAAGGGCUUUCGUGUUCAUAGGUUGAUCUGAUUGGGAACCCCGUUGUGCGGGCUCUGACAGCAGCCUAGCUGCAUAGAUACAAAGGUAGUAGCACCGUUGCGUGCAUGCAUCAAUGCUUGGAAAUAGAAUGAAUACACGAAGGCACUGAACAAUGAAAACCAGGGAUUAUGACCAAUGAUGACCGCCUCUGAAGAGAAACGUACCCUUGUACCAACAGCCUUUUGGCCUAACGCAUCCGUGUCCUUGAGUAUACCUGAUCAGCAGCCUCGUGCGUAUUCCGGCUAGCUUGUUCAGGAAGGCAAUACCAAAUCGUCCCAGAA